UAUUUGACCAGCGGGGUUACUUUUGGCGCUCAAAUCCAAAAUGGCUUCGUUGGAUGAAAUCUUCGAAACUUUUGCAGCAAAAACAUCUAACCUAAAACGAUGCAUGGAUAUCCGAAAUGCAGCGAAAUCGCCCGCAUGCAUGUGUGACCUUCACGCCAUAGACAGGGAGAUGGGCUACCUGGAGCAAGGGCUGCAAGAGCUCAGAAGCAUUGUUGAUGAAGAAAAAAGGAAGCUGGGACAGGCUAGGGCCUUAAAGGAUGUCACUGACAGAUAUAAAGACUGGUUGCAGCAUGCAGCUAAUAACCUACCGCGUCACCUACCAGGUCAAACAAUCAAGGAUUGCAGUGCACCAAAGAGCAAGUGUGAGGUUACCAGUGGGCCUACAACUAAAAAGUAUGUGAAGAAAGCAAGAACACAAAGCUUUCCCAGAAUUGACUAUCUCACAGUGGACGAGUUUAAGAAUAUACCAAAGUACAGCAGAGGUCGUAUGACCUAUGACCAAGUAAACAAGGCCAUAGAUGAGAUACACAAAGUUGUUGACAGUAAAUACAAGAUUGUCAACCUUCCUAGGUCAUCCAUGGGAGAAUCAGUCAUGAAUAAAUACAAGGCAUUCAAAGAGGCUGAAUGUAAAGAAACCGAUGGUCUGUACUUCUUUGUAGAAGAUGACAUCAAAUCAUACUCUGGCCUGAAGAUGGAUGCCAAGGGGCGUGCACUGCUCACGGUGCUCCGUCUUUCUGGUCGGAUUACGGAGGUGCGAACCGAAGGCUUGCUUAGAUAUGCGCUCAAGGACUAAACGGAUCCUAUGUCUUUGUGGUCGGAUUAAGAAAGCGCGGGCUGAUGGCUUGCUUAGAUAUGCGCUCAAGGACUAAACGGUUGCUAUGCUUUUGUGGUCGGAUUAAGGAGGCGCGGGCUGGUGGCUUGCUUAGAUAUGAAAUGGCAAGGAUCGACAUUGUCUGGUGCAAAUUUUUAUUGGUGCAUCCCCUAAUAUUUGAAACAAACAGGGCUCAAGGCCUGUCAGUAGAACAUGUCAUGUAAAUAUAUGAAUUUAACAGUAUCUUGUAUCUAGGAAUAUAAAGUUUAAAAAGCACAUCA